AUUAGUUAUGUUUCAACCCAUUUCGUUCAACAAAAUUUUCGAUAAAAUUCUAAAAAGACUAUUAAAAUUUUUUUGUAUUUGUUUUAAUUUCUUUUGAUUUUAAAAUUAAUGUACCGUUGAAAUGUCGAGGAAACCAAAGGUUUGCAUUAUCGGCGCAGAGGGUUGGGGCUCUGCUAUUUCAACGGCCGUUUGUAAGAAUGCUGCUAAUGGCGAGUUUGACAAGAACGUUCACAUUUAUGUGUAUGAUGAGCUUGUGAGGAGCAAUUACCUUUCGGAGGUCAUUAACGAGCGGCAUGAAAAUAUUAAGUAUCUGCCAGGAAUUAAGUUGGAGCUUAACCUGAUUGCUGUCAACGAUCUUAUUGAAGCUGCCAAAGAGGCCGAUGUAUUGAUAUUUGCCACGUCUCAUUCGUUUAUAAAACCUUACUGCAAUAUAUUAGCCGGAAAGGUGAAAACGAGUGCAUAUGCCGUAUCCUUGAUAAAGGGUCUAGAUCAUAUAAGGGAUGGGGAAAUCGAUCUUUAUUCACAUGUCAUAUCCAAGCAAUUGAACAUUCCAUGCUAUUCAAUGAUGAGUGCCAAUAGCGCCAUGGAGAUGGCUCAGGGCAAAUUGACUGAAAUAACUAUUGGGUGUAACAAUGCCAAUCAUGCUCAUCAAUUGUCCAAUCUGUUCCAGACGGACAACUGCAAAGUGUGCAGUGUCGAUGAUGUUGAUGGAGUGGAACUUUGCAAUACACUUAAGGACUUGGUGGCGCUCAGUGCCGGUUUUAUAGAUGGCUUGCGAUUGGGAGAGAAUGCUCGGGUCACCUGCCUUCAUUUGGCAUUGAAGGAAAUGAUGCGAUUCAUUAAGACUUUUAAUCCAAAUACCAAGCUAUCCACGUUCUUUGAAAGUUGCGGAUUAGCGAAUUCUGUAGCUUCUUCCUAUGCGGACAAAAAUGUUACUUUUGCAAAAUGCUUUGUUACCUCGCGCAAAACUGUGCAAGAAAUUGAAGCUAAUCUUUUAAAUGGUCGCAAGUUGCUUGGUCCCAUAAUUGCUGGCGAGAUUUAUGCGUAUUUGGAAAAGGCCAAAUUGCAAGAUAAGUAUCCUUUGUUCACAGUCCUUCACAGAAUAUGUCAAAACGAGCUACCACCCGAUGCUAUUGUUGAUACCCUGCGUUGGCACCCUGACUUAAGCAAUAACUCAAUUACUCAACUGCAAAAAGAUGAAUACAAACUGCCAAUUUCGUUUGCUGACAGUGUUCUUGAGAAUUUCGUGGAUGUAGCUCCUGAAUUAAGGCCUUGGUCAGAUAACGCAAAGUCAGUUGAUAGUUCGAUUGAUUCGAAUAUUCAAGAAGAGAAAGUUCAGCAAAUAUUCAAUGUUGAAAAUAGCAAAAUGGAAAACUCUGGUAUGGAAGCAACCACAGCUUUAGAUGCUGCCAAACCAAACAAGUCCGAUGUGGAGUUUUCUUUCGAGAUCGCAUCAUCUGAAGACAAGCCAGAAAUCUAUCUUACGCUUAGGGAAGGAACAGGAAACCCUUCAAUUGAAGUCCCAGAACAAAACGGAAAUCCUUGGCUGUAUCAGCAAAAUCAGGACUUGGAUAUUGGUCUAGAUAACGCUAUUGGCAUAUCCCAGAAUCUCAACAACGACACUAGUGCCGAAUAUUUAUCAAUUAAACGACAACCAGCAGAAAUCGCACAUUCGAAUGAAUCAAAAUCGAGUGAAGGAAGACCUGUGGUUGGUGUGAGCAACUUCAUCAAACAACACAUUAACCCUUUAAAUGAAAAAUAUAAAGCAUUGAAAGUAAGGGCCAAGGUCAAUGAUUCCAUCAAAGCUUCUAAACUCAAAAAGAAACUUUCGAAAUCCAAUUUGAGUAAGAAGGAGAAGUCAACAGAAAAGAUACAAGCCAAAGAGAAUGAUUCAAAAUCAAAAUCAAACGAAAUGGAAAAUCUUAAAUCUCAUUACAAGUCUCCAGUACAAAAACAAAAACAACAAGGCGCAUUGGCAGAACAGCAGAAGAUGCAGGUGCUGUAUGACGAAGAUCCUACAUUUACUAAACGUUCUGCUGACGAGCCUAGUGUAUCGAAGCUUUUCGAUAUAAUGCGAAUGAAUGCAAGUCGAUCCUAUGAGGAAGAGCUGAUCGGACAUUCUCUGAAUGCAAACGUGCAAUCGAAAAGCAAAAAGAAUAAGUUUUCCAAAAGGAAUAAAGUAAUGGACAAAGCAAGUAAUACAAUGCCUAUAAUUAAGGAAGGUGGAUAUAGGGUUGAUUAUAAGCGAGUACUACGGUCAAACAAAAAACCUUCUCCUAUAAAGGAACACAAAAGCAACCAAAGCAAAGACAACGAGACCAAGAUAGCUUCUAUCGUUCACAAAGUAGAUAGGGUUCCUUUGCAAUACUCAAACACAGACAAUUCCUAUCGUUCGAUCAAAUCAGAUCUUGAAUCUCAGAGUUGUAGCGAGGCUAAGUACCAACCAACUGAUAAUGAUCAGUUAAAUCAGCAAAAGGAGGAUAAGACUGUGUUUAAAACGCUCGCAAUGGCGCCAAUGUCUUCUAAAGGUAACGACAGCAUAUGUCCAGAAAUGCUUUAUUUUGAUGGGCAGAAAAAUAUGAAGGGCUUUGAAGAAGAUCCUAAAUUAAAGUAUGAAGGAAAGCGCACCGAAAACAUUCACGAUGCUUUCAAAGAUCCCAAUAAGUUAAUUAGAGCACAAGAGUUUUUGGACGAACAGUCGCACUUGAUCAGGAACCUUUUAUUGGAAGUAGCUGCUUCAGAUAGCUUUAACAAUGACUUGACCAAAUAUCUGCAGAGUGAAAACGAGUUUCUUGACAACAAGACUAAAAACGAGUCUAAAUGUGCGGAUCAAAAAAAUUCGCCAUUAGAGGAACAAAAACCAGACCAUGCACAGAAAUUUACCAGUGAGCCAAAAAUUAAAGAAUACCAACUGACACACGGGGAACCCAAGUCGGAAAUUUCUAUAGAAAAGCCGCAAUCUAAUAAACAAUUACCAGCAUUUGAUCGAAUGCCAACGCGGGAACAUUUAGACUACACCAAGAAGGAAGAAGAGAAUAAAAUGAAAUAUAUAAAUAAUGUCUAUGAAGAUGUUCGAGAUUCUUCAGAUGAGGAAAUACUGAAUAAUAAUAAGGUACUUUUAGAAAAGCAGUUUCCUGAUAAAGGCGAUAAUAAAUCUUUGAUUCAGGAUAAAUAUGAGAUGAUUCUAGAAAAACAUUUGCCGAAUAGGGAUUACAAAUCUUUAUCAGAUAAAAGGGAUACUCUUCUGGACAAAUCUGUAUCCAAGGCAUAUGACACUGGUCUAAACGAAUUUUACAAUAGCAGCGUUGAUGAAAGUGUCGAGGGAAAUUCGAAGAACUUUGAUGACCAUCGUUCGUCAGCUUUGAUUAAAAAGAAUCAAAUUCGUGGCCUUGAGGAUCCCAAUUUGCGUUUUUACCAUGGCAAAAACGAUGGAGAACCAGGACCAGAGUGGAAUUGGUUGCUCGAGAACGAGGACACAAAGAAAAAAUCGAAGAAUUCUGUUAAAAAUACGGAGAAUAGAAGUCUAGAUCUAGACGAUGAUCUUCUUGUGGACUCAAAGAAGCAACCGAAGAAUUCUCUUAAAAAAACAGGGAAUAGAAAUCUGGAACUAGACGAGGAUCUUGCUCAACAUAAUUACCAAAAUCAAUUCAGCAACGAGGAUAAACAAACAAGUCGGAAAUCUAUGAAUCCAACGAAUAAUAACAAUUUCAGUCAAGACCUGAAUUUUCCACAACGAAGUCAAGAGAAUAGUGAUUUAAACAUAGAAGAGGAUCAAGCUUUAGAUAAGGCUCAGUUCAUUAUCGACGAGGACGCGCAAAAACCUAUUGAGACGGAUGGAAGCAGUCCAGUUAAAUUCGAGGGCAAACCCAAUGAAAUAUUUAUGGAUGAUGCAAAUCCUAUUUCAAAGUCGUUGAGUGAAGAGUCAUCCCAAGAUACGAAAACCAGCGACCCGAUUAAAUCCAAGCACACCGAUAAUGAAGAUGCUGAAGUAAUUCUGAAAGACAUGUCAGCUGAAGAGACUCUCCAAACGGAUCGAACUGUAUCCGGAUUGAAUGAUAAAGAAUACGAGGUAAUGGCACAUGCUGUAAAUGAGUUUAAGAAGAUUCUCGACGAUGUUGAAGUGAAAUUCAAUAGUCCGGAUGCUUUAGAAAAAAAUAUGAAGCAGCCAAUCGACGAAAGGCUUGCUGAAUCGUUGCAUCAAGAUGAGGAGAAUCCGGAAUUUAAUACAGAGAUGAAAACUUUAAUGACGAAGGGGCAAACGAAGGAACGUCAAGUGGACUAUAGCGGCAAUGAUCCCUACUUUGAGAAUAUCAAUACUCUGCCUAAACGGUCGACUCCGUCCCACUCAAAGGAUGAGCAGGGGGAGAAAAUGCGAAAGAAGAUUGUGAUUCGACCAUCAUUUCAUCCGCCGAUAAAUCCCCGUGUUCGCAUACCGCAUCCCCCCUUCGAUGUGCGAGAUCAUGAGUACCACACAGUCAAUUAUCGCCCACCACCAAAUCUAAUGCGUAGUGCCACGCUGCCACUCCGCAAAAUUCCCGUGGCUUAUCGAACCAAGCAGACGGCCGCAAGCAAUGUGGUGAAAUUACCGCGUCCAGCGAUGCGACUGCCAACGUCGGUUAUGCGCUCCUCUGUUCUGGCCGUUGAGCUGGGAAUCUUUGCGGCUUUCUUCUCUCGCUAUCGAGGCGGUUGCAAGUAGCAUUUAAUAAGAUUUGUAUUUACUUCUGAUCCGUCUUGUAUUUACUUCUACCCCUAACUGGCCGCCAAUAAAAUCAUUACAAACAUAAAUAAA